AUGGAGCCGGGCACCAUCGACAACCUGUCCAUCCUGUACCAGAGCUCCGACUUCAUCGUGGUCAACAAGCACUGGGACAUCCGCAUCGACAGCAAGAUGUGGUACGAGACGCUGACCCUGCAGAGCCAGCUCAAGCACCGCUUCCCCGAGCUGGCCGACCCCGACACCUACUACGGCUUCAGGUUCUGCCACCAGCUCGACUUCUCCACCAGCGGGGCCCUGUGCGUCGCGCUCAACAAAGCGGCAGCGGGAAGCGCCUACAAGUGUUUUAAAGACCGGCUGGUGACCAAAGCCUAUCUGGCCCUGGUCAGGGGCCACGUCAGCCAGAGCCGAAUGACGAUCCGCUACGCCCGCGGGAGCUGUGAAAAUCCCAAGCCUUGCCAGUCAGAGCUAAUCGUGCUCGAGCACGGGUCCUACAGCGGAGACCCCGUAACCAAAGUGCUGCUGCAGCCACUGACAGGGCGGACUCAUCAGCUCCGGGUUCACUGCAGCGCCAUCGGCCACCCCAUCGUGGGGGACUUCACCUACAGCCACAAGAAGGACAGCAGUCCCUACAGGAUGAUGCUCCACGCCUACUACCUGCGCAUCCCCACCGGCAAGGAGCUCGUCGAGGUCUGCGCGCCCGACCCCUUCGUCACCGCGAUGGACAGCAACUGGGUGCCCCACCACGUCCUUCACCGGCUGGAUGAGACCAUCCAAGAGCUGAAGGACAAGGUGAUGCAGAAGGGGGAGGAGGAGGAGAGCCAGGCGGCCGUGCUCGGUGGCGGAGGAGAGGAGGCACGGAGCGAAGCCAAGAGCCCGGAGGCGGAGGAGCAGCGAGCCCGGUGCGAGCAGUGGUUGGCCGAGUGGGCUUUGGAGUGA